GAGAUCUGCCGCCCCCCGGCGGUCCGGGUGGGACUGAGCGUAGGGACGGGGCUGCAGCCCGCAGAGGGCGGUAGCGCCCGAGCGCCGAUUGGCGGUACGCCGUGUGAGGUCACUGCACGGGGCGGGGGAGCUGUGGCGUCUGUCAGGGGCAGCGAUGGGUGCGCAGCUCAGCACGUUGAGUCGGGUUGUGACAUACCCAAUAUGGCUUAUAUACACCACCAUCCUGAGGCUUUUCAAGAAUCCCCAUCCUGCAAUUACUCUGAAGGAUCCUGAUGUGAAGUAUGCAUUGAGGCUGAUUGAUAAGGAGGAAAUUAGUCAUGACACAAGAAGGUUUCGAUUUGCUCUCCCUUCUAUGGAUCAUGUUUUGGGUCUCCCCAUAGGACAGCAUAUCUACCUGUCUGCCCGGAUUGAUGGAGCUCUGGUUGUUAGACCUUACACUCCAGUUUCUAGUGAUGAUGACAAGGGCUUUGUGGAUCUUGUUGUCAAGAUCUACUUUAGAAAUGUCCACCCGAAGUUUCCUGAUGGAGGGAAGAUGUCUCAGUACUUAGAGAGCCUGAAGAUCGGGGACACUAUUGACUUCAGAGGACCAAGUGGCCUACUUGUCUACAAAGGAAAAGGCGAGUUUGCUAUUCGGCCAGAAAAGAAAGCUGAACCAGUUUCUAAGAAAGUGAAAUAUGUGGGGAUGAUUGCAGGUGGGACUGGGAUAACACCAAUGCUGCAGAUCAUUCGAGCAAUCAUAAAGGACAAAGAUGACCCUACUGUUUGUCAGCUGCUGUUUGCUAAUCAGACUGAGAAGGAUAUCCUGUUACGCUCUGAGCUCGAGGAGAUCCAGGUUCAGAAUCCCAAUCGCUUUAAGUGUUGGUACACACUGGACAGCGCACCUGAAAACUGGGAGUACAGCCAAGGAUUUGUGAACCAAGAGAUGAUCAGAGACCACUUGCCCCCACCUCAGAGUGAUGUCCUGAUUCUCAUGUGUGGACCUCCUCCAAUGAUCCAGUAUGCUUGCAUUCCCAACUUGGACAAACUGGGCUACACCAAGGACUUGAGGUUCUCCUUCUAAAGAAGACUGAUAAUGCAGUGAUCUUGUGUAGAAAGGAAGAAAGAAAUACUUAGUGGGGAACAGGAGAAGGUUGCAGAGAGUGCUGAUGCACAGUGCUGGGAAGCUACAUUUACAUGUAAAAUGCUUCUUUUUUUCCUGAAUCUCUGGCAAGUAAGACACUUAAGCUCAACUGUACUAAAACCAUACUGUAUGUUGCACAGAAACAAUGGUAUGAUGGAAGGGUGGUGAGGGUGGUGAGGGAUAGUGCUUGGGUGGCUUGAGUACUCCAUCAUUUAGGGCAGUAAAUGCUCAUUUACAUUUUUUCUUAGCACUGUAAUCAAGUGGCAGUAUAAUAUUGUACUUCUAACACUGCUGUGUACCCAGUAUUUGAUUUGGUAUGAAGGAUGAAAAUGUAUAGAAUGUCCUGGAUUAUUCACCACGCCUAUGCCAAUUUUAAUCUUUACAGAGCUGUUACAGUAUGAGGGCCAGGAGUGUGCGUAACUUCUGCACCAUCAGAAGCUUAAAGAUGCUUGUUCAGUUAAGGAUGACAGUUAACCAUUUAUGACUGAAGUUGUUCAAGCUGCUUUGUUAAUCAAAACAGAGAGGUAGACAGCAAUACAAAAUUUGUUUCCUUCGUAUUUUGGAAUAGCCUCUCAUGUGCAAACACUUUCCCAGCUGGUCACUGUUCUCACCCCUGGGCAAUGAAAGAAACUACAGAAAGCAAGCAGCUUUGUGCACUGUUCCAUGAAUAGUUGGAAUUUUUUGCUUCUAUUUUUGUGUGGAAUACUGAAAAAAAAUACUGACUUUUUAAUUUACUUCUAAAUAGUGGAUGGUGCCAUCGGAGUUCAAAAGUAGUUGUUCUGCUUGCCCUGUGCAGUGAAAAAAUGGCUGGGUGAAAACUGGAUCUUUUUAGUUUUAGUUUCUUAUUUCCCAGAGAUGGAUUUGGAACAAAGGAAGCUCAGGUUUCACUGCCAGGGUGGGUUUCAGCAGGUGUCCCAGCUUGGGCAGCAGUGUGCAUACAGUUGGGGAACUCACCCCCUUGUCCUGCUCAGGCAAAGCUCUGGAGGGUAUUGCUUGGUAAGGAUGCUUGGGCACAGCCUUAAGUCACCAAACUGACAGCAAAUUGAAAUGUCUCACUGAAUCUAGGACUGUUUCUUAGAUGCUGUUUACUAGAGCUCUCCAAUUUGUUUGUUUGUUUUUUUUAAUAUACUUUUCUUACAGCAGCCUUUUAAUUAGUCUUUAGUAAACUUAAGACAUCUUGUGUGCCGAACUUUUCUGCUUCUAAACAGCAGAGGUGCUGCUGAGGUUAGAGCUGACUUGCAAGGAAUCCACAGAACUACAAAUCUUGUUCUGAUGAUGAAAUUAGAGUGACUGAAAGGAUGUUUAGUCAUGUGGAUGCUAGUUAGCUACAAGUGUCAGUGUAAUUUUUAAAGUCAGCAUAUAGCUUGCCAUGUUUUCUUUUGUGCCUGUACUGUGCACUUGUCAGGUUAAUUUUCAGCAUCAAUUAAAAGAAGAUAUAAUUUAAGGAACUUCAAAUGGAUAAUACUGUUAUUGAUUUUAUUAAUUAGAUGCUUGCCUCUGAAAUCUGGAACUUUGAUGUGUGCUUUUGAAACUUGUUGUUUAAUAUUAUGCUCCAAAGUUCAGAUAACGCACAAGUAAUUUUCAGUCCCUUUUUUACAAGCCAAAAAGCAGACAUAUGAAAGAAAUUACCUCGCUGCUGGUUUAUAUCACUGUGGGAUAUGCAUAGAUUUUUUUCAUUGUGUUUAAUGAAGUCAUCUUGUAAAAAAGUAACUCUAGCUGGUUACGCAUCAACUUUUUUGUAGUACUUACUCUGCUUAUUCAAUUACUGGCCUUUUCAUAUCUGUGUAAGAAAUAAAAUAUCUUGUGGGUGAAUCACCUGUGUGUUACAGAGGCCAUCAUCUUUAAUCUUGUAAGAGACAAGGUUAAAAAAAAAAAAA